AAAUGUUCUCAUGGGUUGAUGCCCAAACAAAUAACACGAGUGCUGCAGUGGUAAUACUGCAGUACAGUACUAGUACUUCACACCAAGAAUGAGCAACCAAUUGAAGCACGACAUACACACAUUCCAUCAAAGUAAACUCGAUGACGCAGUAAAGAUGCGUCCAUAAAAUGUUUUAAAGUACAAAUACCAAUACGACGACGGUAGUCAGCGCGUGUGCUAACGUAUCAGCAUGUUUUGCAACGAAUGCUGAAUGCUUCCUAUCUGAAUGUUGCUUAUUGUGCAGCUAACACUAAAAAAGACCAACAAAAACCUCGCAGAGCAGAACACACACUCACCAGUUUGAUUCUCAGUCAGUGUGUUUCCGUUGGGCGGUUUCAAACACGUAAAAACAACCUUGACGUCGUUACGUCGGUUAGCCAAGCUUAGCGUUUGUUAGCCAACGUUGACCUCUGUGGGCGUGACAGCGGCACGACUGUCAGCGCUAGCUUCCGGUGGUUUCGUUUGCAAGGAACAAAUACCGAGUAAAACAUGAAAUUAUAUAAUAACCCUUACGUCGCAUUUGUUCCGUUUCUGUUUGAUUUAACUCAAAUUGACGUCGCAAAUAACUUGUGACCGAAGGCUUUUAUUCUGACAAACUCCAAAGUGAAGGAGAGUGCUUCCGGUUAGCAUGACCUGCUCAAAUGUCAAAACAGCAGCACAGGUUUGUUUUCUUCUUGUUUAAACGACAUUAGAAACUUUUCAUAUCGAGUAGAACUAUGUUUAAUAACUAUAAUGUAUAAUAAAUGAAAUAUCUGAAGAUAAAAUGGCGGUCUUCUGAGGAUAUUUGCCGAAGUUAAACGCUGCUUUAUUGGCCCUCUGACCUCUUUUAUCUUAAUAUUGACUUGUGGAGGGUGAAGUUGGUCCACUACAAAAUCUUUGAUCAGCUGUAGAACGUGUCUGGUGAGUAUUAAAUAGAAUUUCUGGUCCCUCUGUGUCGGAAAAGGUGCGCUUUUAUUUAGUGCUACUCUCAGCGCGAGAGGGCGACGGGCGUGAGCCGUUCACGCUACGUAAUGGAGGCGGAGCUUGAACGGGUGGAGGAGGAGAUGCAGCGGCUGCUGAGCGGCCAGGGGUCGGAGGUCACGGCGUGCGACGUGGGGCUGGAGCAGAGCAAACCGGCCUCGCUGAGGAACAACGUCUCCUACAUCGUCUGCGCCGUCAUCUUCAACCACAAGGAGGAGGUGCUGAUGGUUCAGGAGGCCAAGCAGGACUGCUACAAGAAGUGGUACCUCCCAGCAGGCAGGGUGGAGGUGGGCGAGAGCCUACAGGAGGCGCUGCUGAGGGAGGUGAAGGAGGAGGCGGGGUUUGAGUGUGAGCCAAUCACCUUGCUGCUAAUCCAGGAACAGGGACCACAGUGGAUCCGCUUCAUCUUCCUGGCCAAGGUCACAGGCGGGACCAUCAAGAGUCCAUCAGCGGCCGAUCAGGAGUCUCUUCAGGCCGCCUGGUGGGACAGACGCACGCCCCUCGCCCUCAGGGGGCAGGACAUUCUGAGACUCAUCGAGUUUGGGCUCAAGUACCACCAGGACCCCUGGCAUCCCGCCACCUUGCCGACGGACCUGAGCUGCCGCCACGUGGUCCAGCGACUGGUCCUGGUCUUCAUCACCCCGGAGGAGCAGGUCUGGAUCCUGCUGGUCAAAGCCCCGAGGCCCCACCUCCCCGUGGCGGCGGCGGUCAAGACGCACGCCGUCAGCUGGGCAUCCAACAUGGUGGCGCAGGACGCCAUGCCGUUGUCCUACUACGAGCACAACGUCAACACGCUGGGCGUCUUCAGCCUGCAGCACAACGGGCGCCAGCACGGCAAGACGGAUGGCGUGUGCUUCAACACACUGGUGGCGCUGGAGCCCGACGGCGCCCGGCGCGACGAGGACGGCCUCAGACUGGAGCCGCCGUCCGCCCUGCGCCCGCCUCCCGUGGACAACCCCCGCUACCUCUGGCACAAAGUCCAGCGUCCCACCGUGAGGGACGCGCUGUUGGACAAGAGCAGGAAGACGUCCAUCUUACCCCUGCACAGUCUUUACUGACUCUUAAUGUGAAAGGACGCUUUUAUUGUCUUAUUUUUUUAUUUUUGCAAGGACAUUUGUUCGGUUAAAGCUUCAUCGUGUGCACGUAGCCAUCCUUCAGGCUCUUCAGGUUCCUGUUCCUCUUCUCCAGACGGGUAAGCCACUCCCCCCGCAGCCUGGCGAACAGGAAGACACGGGUCAACAACACGCAGCAUGUUUGCUAUGGCGACAGGCUGGAAGACAAACGACGCCGCCACACGCUCAGGAUGCCUCCGUGCGUGGUGGGACGCGCCGGCUACAAGCAUCUGCGAGCACGGUGAGUGAGCGGCGGCCGAGACCCCCACCUCCCCGGCAGCUGUUCACCCCCCGGCUUCCCUUCCGGCAUGUUGGGGAUUAUUCACUUUGUCCCGUCUUUGUCGCUAAACCGGAGUGACGCAAACGACAAACACGUCCUUCUACACCCUCAGCUAGCGAGCCGUGCACCGCUGGUCUUUUUAUCAGAAACAUGCCCCCGUUGGCUAAAUGUCAUCUCACUCAUCACCUGGCACACACAAUUGGGGGGGGGUUACUGCUCCUGGAGAGUGACAUGGCAUGAUGGGG